CAGUCAGUUUUCUCCGAGCCUUUCGAGCCUUUGCUUCAACUCGCUUCUAAAUUAAAACAAAAUUUCUAUUUUCCUUCAAAUUUUAAUCGCAAUUCAAGUCAAUUUCAAAAUGUGCGGAAGCGGUUGUGGAGGCUGUGGCCCAUGCGGAGGCUGUGGCCCAUGCGGUGGUUGUGGACCCUGCUGCGUCUGUCCCACGCGCUACUUGAAGAGAUCAGAGGAGCAUAUGCCCUGUGUGUGGUGUGCACCAUGCAAAGCUCAUUGCUACAACACCCCACCCAAGUGCUGUUGCUAGAGGCCUAAGAGCUUUGCAUCGGUACGGAGUCUCCUUUAAGGAAAAUCUUAUAGCUAAAUACCAACUCCACUACUUAUCCUAUUCUUACUGUCGAAAAAUAAGAGGAAUUAUCCCAAGGUGAUGUGAGCUUCGGUUAAUAGUGAUUGUAAAACUGCGAAGAUCGUCAAUUUGGAAGCAGGUUGGACCUAAAAGGAUGGCAGAAGGCUUUUGAGCUUGAGCAUGGACUCUCGAAUAUCAGGCAUUACCAUAAGGCAUGGUAAAUACUAAGCCAAACUUCUAUCAACCGAGACUCUUGACUCGACUCAUUAAAAAGAAGGUGGCCUCUAUUCGUAUAAGCGCAUACGAAUACGACCUGAUCGAAAACAAAGUGUCAAGCUCAUUUUAAAUUGUCAAAUUCAAAAUCUUCAGUUUUGGAACUUUUAUGAAUAAAAAUUCGGAAUCUACAAAAAGUUUGUUCAUUAUUUUCUUCUAUCUUUCUAUCUUUUCUUCUAUCUCAGUCGCAGUUACGUAAAAGACCUCACAAUCAGGCAAUACUUCUUUCUACGCAUCUAAUCUCAAGAGUUAAUUACAUUUCACACACUCGCAAGGUUGCCUAAAAUAGGUCCUCUGUGGCUAUAUCUCAGGAGUCGUUCCGAUGAAUCAAUUCGUUUCAUCUACACUGCCAUGGUUGUUACUCUAUUAUAAGAUGACGCAUUCAAAUUCAUAUACUUUAUAUAAUCCAAGUCGAACGAAUUGUCUAAUACGGCCUCGUUGGAACACAUCUUAUUUGGCUUUCUCUAUACUAAUAAAAUUGAAAAAUUUUACGGCACCUGAUAUGGUAUAAAGCGGUUGGUCUAUAGCUCCAUUUAUUCAGUUGUUUCAGUGGAGCCUCAAAAUGAAAUUUGUUGCUGUUCUUUUGUUCGUCUUGGGAGUUAUUGAUAUACCAGGUACUUGCAUUUCUCAAGACUGCGGUCUUCCACGGAUAUUAUUGAGCUGAAAUGAAAGCACCUUCUAAUUAAUUUAUUUACUCGGAUAUUCUGAAAAUGAUACUAAAUAAAUAAAUAAUGAAUAUUUUA